AUGGGAUCCCUCCCGGGGCCUGCUACCUCGGCCAAGUCCCUCGCCGUCGCCCCCGCGCCGCCGUCCUCCUCCUCGCCCGCCGGGAGGAACGUGAUCGACGAUGGAGAGCUCCGUCGCCUCUUCGACUCGCAGAGGCGCCACCUGAACCACUUCUUCGAUCAGCUCGACCUCUCCCAGACGCGGGCCUUUGCUCAGAUCCUCCUCGACGCCCCCGGGGCCAUCUUCUUCUCCGGCGUCGGGAAAUCGGGCUUCGUCGCCCGCAAGCUCUCGCAGACGCUCGCCUCCCUGGGGUUCGUCCGCGCGGCCUACCUCUCCCCCGUCGAUGCUCUCCAUGGCGACAUCGGCGUCGUCUCCUCGGCGGACGUCGUCAUCCUCAUCUCCAAAUCGGGGUCCUCCGAGGAGCUCCUACGGCUGGUGCCCUGCGUCCGGUCCAAGGGGGCUUACCUGGUGUCGGUGACGUCGGUGGAAGGAAACCCGCUUGCAGCCGCGUGCGACAUGAAUGUACACUUGCCGCUGGAGCGGGAGCUUUGCCCGUUCGACCUCGCGCCUGUCACGUCGGCGGCCGUCCAAAUGGUGUUUGGUGAUACCGUAGCCGUGGCGUUAAUGGCCGCCAGGAACCUGAGCAAGGAGGAGUACGCCUCUAACCAUCCGGCAGGCAGGAUCGGGAAGAGUCUCAUAUUCAAGGUGACCUGAUCUGGAAAACUCGACCUCCCACCGAUUUAAUUCUUAAUCGCGUGCCCCCUCUAUCACCACCCUGUUUUCCUUCUCUAAUUCUCACUUGUUUGACCUGCAUUGCAUUCGUUUGAUCAUAAUUUCCAUUGAAUUGGUAGAAGGAUGUUCUACUCUUCCAGGUUUCCCUAGUCCACGGUCUGUGAAUAUAUGCGACAAGUAUUGGCACUUCAUCGAACAGUAAGUUGGGUCAGAUAGUAAUCAUCCUGAUUAGCUGUAUGCACCUUCCUCUCCCGGAUAUGCUGCAUUAGCUCUGGUGAAGCUUGGUAGGUGUUGUCUAUUGGACUCGUCAGUGUAUUGAGUGCUUGCAUGUCCUAGCUAAUUAUUUGCCGACAUACAGCAGGGUAAUGUAUCUUGGACUCUUUGAGGAGUGAUGCCAUGGGUUUCAAGCUUGAUUUAUUACAAACGAACGCGGGUUCCCUUCUGCGUACUUAAUAAAGCGUUUCCUUUAUUUUUUAGCAUAUUUAUUUUUUCCAUCGAACCUUAAUUAUGAACUUAAACUUGCGGCUUUGCAACGCAAUGAGGCCCGACAGUACUCCUUGGAUUUAUGUAGUUUUUCUUCCUACGCUGGACAGGCCUGUAACUUGAUAGCCUAGUGGAAGAGAUCUCAGAGUAGUUGGCCACAUGUUGAAAUUCGAUGCCCUAGUGUGCGCAUUUUUUAAUCAGCUUCGUUAACUGAUUUGGAGUCAAAUCUAUGGAACGGCCGUGGUGUUUUGAUUCCUCAAUCGGAGUGUGAUUGCAGGCCGAGCUGCUCACGACUAUUUCUGAUUCUGUUUUUGUUCUUGAUUUCAAUAAUUUAAUCUCAUGGCUAAUCCAAUUCACCUCCUGACCAAGGGUGAUUCUUAUUCUUUGAAUUCAUACGCGUGCAGGUAAAAGAUGUCAUGAAGAAGAGGGCAGACCUUCCAGUCUGCAGAGAAGGAGAUUUGAUAAUGGAUCAACUCGUUGAGCUGACCAGUAAAGGUUGCGGUUGCCUGCUUGUCAUCGACGACGACUACCAUCUGAUUGGAACUUUCACAGAUGGUGAUCUGAGGCGCACACUCAAGGCCUGUGGCGAACGGGUCUUCAACCUCACUGUGGGUCAGAUGUGCAACAGGUGAAUCCCUUGAAUAUAUACAUAUAUAUGUAUAUAUAUUAAUGUCAAUGUGGAAGUAGAGGAAGAUGCCUCAUCAUAUUCAUCAUUCAUUUGCCAUGAAUACAUUUAGAACACAGAAGCUGUCACAGUGUUUCUCAUCAUAUUCUGUUACCCAAUUUUCCAAAGUGGCAUAUUUUUUUCACCGCAGUUAUGCAUCAACUGUUCUUCGAAAUGAACCGUAAACAGUCUCAGAUUGUUCAAGGAACUGCCCAAAGAAGAACCAUUUUAGACAAUCGCUCGAUUGUUCCAUGAUUUCUCUGUAAUCAGGAAACCAAGAACAAUCACUAUGGACGCGAUGGCCGUCGAAGCUAUGCAGAAGAUGGAAUCGCCGCCGUCUCCCGUCCAGUUCCUGCCCGUUCUCGACGAGGACAACACGGUCGUCGGGAUCGUCACCUUGCACGGGCUCGUCUCCGCAGGCUUGUAA